AUGUCAAUUAAGUUACAGAAAAAAGAACAAGAUAAGAAGCAAACAGAAAAAGAAUGGUCGAAGCAGAGAGAUGACAUGUUAUGUGAUGAUCUCCUGGAUUUACCAGUGCCUAUACCAUUGAAAAUGUCUGGUGAUGAUUUUGGCAAUGCUGUGAUGAUUAUGGAGUUCAUAUAUGGUUUCAAAGCUCUUUGUGAACUGGAACUGCCCAAUAAUUUUAAUAUCGUUUCACUAGUUGAAUCUCUGUACGAACAACACAGUCCCACUCUUUACCUUGACCUCAUCCAACAACUUCUGGCAGUCAUAUUCCAGAUGCAAAGUGGACUUCCUGAACUCAACUCCAGUUGGAAAGCUGCUUACAAAUACGAUCAAGAUGUCCAGGAUGGCAUGGUCCUCAUAAAGUUAUUCCAAUCAGUAAGCACUAUCAAGAAAUUGAAAUCCAAUAAAACAUUUAAUGAUGGCUUCAAUGAUAUAAAAGCGGAAUACAAAGCUUCAGAAUUCAGUCGAAAUUAUCCAGAAAUAAUGAAGAAGUUAAGCGUUGGAAACAUUCUUGAUUUGAAACCAGGCGAAAAAUUGGUUUUGUUGGCAAAUCUGAUAGAACAGGUUCUUAGUCUGCCUGCCUGUAGAGAUCUCAUUGAAGAGAAUUACAACAAACUGAAAAAUGUGCAAAAGGAUUUGAGGGCUCACGUGUAUGCUGUGCAAAGGAGGGAGAAAGAUUUCCUCAAUUACAAGUCUGUUCUUCAUUUCAUGAGCUCAUUUUUUGCCGCCGUUACUAUAAUUUUGUUUCGAAUCACCUGCUAUUUUAAUUUUUAA